CUUUCUCUUUCUUCCCCUGGCUUUUCGAUUCGGAACCGAACUGUUGUGGGUUUCGCUCGUCGUUGUCGUCACUCUUCCCCGAUCGCAGAACAUUUUCCUUCCCCGACUCGAACUCUGCUUAUUAUUUUGCUUUCCCUAGAAAAUUGUAGCACCUGGAUUCUGGGUCAAGUUUCCGAUCAAACUGUUCGCACCGGUUCUUCUUCUUUCGAACUAGUUCGAGUUCGCGUUCGGAUUUAGGGCUCAAUUUCACGUGCUAGUAAUGUUCUUCAGCGGCGACUCGUCAACUCGGAAGCGAGUCGAUUUGGGAGGUCGUAGUUCCAAGGAAAGAGACCGCCAGAAACUUCUGGAGCAGACCAGGUUGGAGAGGAACCGCCGCUUAUGGAUGCGACAGCAGAACUCCGCCGCCAUCAAAAUUCAGAAAUUCUUUAGAGGAAGAAAGGCUGUGGAAGCUGAACGUUUAGAGUUGCGCAAGCGGUUCUUUAUAACUUAUGGGAAGGAUUGCCAAAAUGUGGACAGGCAUUGUUUUGGGCCAGAUUCGGAUUUUCUCCGCCAGCUACUUUUCUUCUGUAAUCCACGAAAUGCUGCUGAUUUCUCAGCUCUUGUAGAGACCUGCCGAUUACUUCAACAUUUUGUUCAUGAAAGUGCAGGUGAUAUUCUAAGGCUUUUCUCAGGUUCUGACUAUUUCUCUAAGCGAAGUAUAGUUGAUUACAGGGUGAAGAAACUUGCCUAUGCUUGUAUUCAAGCAGUUUAUCAAAAUAGAAAUCAAUUUAAGGAUAAGCUGUUCAUGACAUCUGAUAAGUCCAGUACUUCGACAGUCCUUUUAUUAGAGACAGUAGUUUUGUUAACUGAUCGCAGACUUCCAUGGUUGUGCAAGAUAAUUGGCCAUCUUUUGCAAAAAAAUGCAUAUACUCUGUUGAGAGAUAUUGUAUUUGCUGGGAAGAGGAGUUCAAAAUUUGAAUUUGCUGGAAAAAUAUCGUCAUUGGAGAGGAUCCUUGCUGUCAUUAUAUCUCAUGUUGGUCAGAGAUCAUGUGUUUGUCCAAAUGUUGACCCGCGAUGGAGUUUCUCAUCACAAAUUCUUACAAUUCCAUUCUUGUGGAAGCUCUUCCCAAACCUAAAAGAGGAAUUUGCAGCACGGGAGCUGAGUGAACAUUACAUUCACCAGAUGGCUCUGUGUGUGCAAAAUCAUGUUAAUGUUCUACCUAAUGAUGCAUCAACUGAAUUUCCUGGUUAUGCCUGCCUUCUUGGUAACUUACUGGAAACAGCUGGAGUAACUUUCUCUCAGCCUGACUGUUCAUUUGAUAUGGCCAUAGACUUUGCAGCUGUUGCUACAUUUUUGUUGGAGGCACUUCCCCUUAUGCAAUCAUCUACUAAAGAAAAUUCCAUAGGGUUUGAUGAUGAACUGGUUGCUAGUGAUGAAGUGGUCAAUAAAGGUCUCCAUAGGGACUUGGAACUACAGAUUUCUAGUGCAAUGGAUCCGCGAUUUCUUCUACAGUUUGCAAAUGUCUUGUUUGGAGGGAUUCCACUAGUCAGUGAUUUGAAGAAGGGGCCUGACAGUAAAGAGGUGGUAGCUGUUGGUGCUGCUUGUGCUUUCUUGCGCAUAGCUUUCAACAUUUUACCCCCGGAGUGUAUUAUGACUGUUCUAGCUUACAGAACUGAUCUUGUUCCUGUACUAUGGAACUUCAUGAAGCGAUGCCAGGAGAAUCAGAUGUGGUCAUCCUUUUCUGGGCAAUUACCAUAUCUUCCGGGAGAUGCACCUGGCUGGCUAUUACCUUUAUCAGUUUUUUGUCCUGUGUAUAAGCACAUGCUCAUCAUAGUUGAUAAUGAGGAAUUCUACGAGCAGGAGAAGCCACUAUCAUUAAAAGAUAUCAAAAGCUUGAUUGUCAUUUUAAGACAGGCAUUAUGGCAGCUCCUCUGGGUGAAUCCUGUUACUAACCCUAACUUAGAUAGGUCUGCUGCUAAUGUCUCAACUCUGAAGAGGCACCCUCUAGAAUUUAUUCAGCAUAUGGUUGGAAUUGUGGCUUCUGAUCUUCUGUCUCAGUUGCAAGACUGGAACAGCAGACGACAGUUUACAGAUCCUAGUGAUUUCCAUGCUGAUGGUGUUAAUGAUCACUUUAUUUCUCAGGCCAUCAUUGAAAACACCAGGGCUCAUGAAAUACUGAAAUAUGCUCCGUUCUUGGUGCCAUUUACAAGCAGAGUUAAAAUAUUUACUUCACAGUUGGCAGUAGUGAGGCAAAGAUAUGGGUCUCAAGCUGUUUUUGCUAGAAACCGGUUGAGAAUUCGACGAGAUCACAUUUUGGAAGAUGCUUUUAGUCAGUUGAGUGCGUUAUCUGAAGAGGAUCUUCGAGGACCGGUUCGCAUCACCUUUAUUAAUGAAUUUGGGGUUGAGGAAGCUGGCAUUGAUGGUGGUGGCAUUUUCAAAGAUUUCAUGGAGAAUGUUACUCGAGCAGCUUUUGAUGUGCAGUAUGGGUUGUUUAAGGAAACAGCAGAUCACCUACUGUACCCCAAUCCUGGAUCAGGAAUGAUACAUGAACUGCAUCUCCAGUAUUUUCACUUUCUUGGAGCUGUUCUUGCAAAGACAAUGUUUGAAGGGAUCCUUGUUGAUAUACCAUUUGCCACUUUCUUCUUGAGCAAACUAAAGCAGAAGUACAACUAUUUGAAUGACUUGCCUUCCUUGGAUCCUGAGUUAUAUCGCCACCUUAUUUUCUUGAAGCAUUACGGAGGUGAUAUUUCAGAGUUGGAAUUAUUCUUUGUUAUUGUAAAUAACGAAUAUGGAGAGCAAAUGGAAGAAGAGCUGCUUCCGGGAGGGAAAAAUGUACGAGUUACUAAUGAGAAUGUCAUUACAUUUAUUCAUCUUGUAGCCAACCAUCGUUUGAAUUUCCAGAUACGACAACAGAGUUCCCAUUUUCUGAGGGGAUUUCAGCAACUUAUACAGAAAGAUUGGAUUAACAUGUUUAAUGAACAUGAACUUCAGCUUCUGAUAUCUGGAUCAGUUGAUGGUUUUGAUAUUGAGGAUCUUCGAGCCCAUACUAAUUAUGCGGGUGGCUACCAUAGCGAGCACUAUGUUAUUGACAUGUUCUGGGAAGUUCUCAGGAACUUUUCUAGGGAAAAUCAGAUGAAACUUUUGAAAUUUGUAACUGGGUGCUCGCGAGGACCUUUGCUUGGAUUUAAAUGCCUGGAGCCUUUGUUUUGCAUACAAAGGGCUGCUGGUAGUGCUUCUGAAGAGGCUCUUGACCGAUUACCAACAUCAGCCACUUGUAUGAAUCUUCUGAAGCUUCCCCCAUAUAGAAGCAAGGAACAACUGGAGCAGAAAUUGUUAUAUGCUAUACAUGCUGAUGCGGGUUUUGAUUUGAGUUGAUAGAGAGCUUGUCCUAUGCUGCUAUACAUGUCAAGCACGAGUUUCAUCAGAUAGGGUGGGAAAAAAUUCAGUGCCGGAACAGAGAAACUGCUGUGUCUGACAGUAUGGGAAUAGCAGUUGUGCAUUGGGAAGUACUGUCCAGGACCAUCCAAAUUGAGGGCAACAGAAGAAGAUUGUAGGCACAAAGGAACAGAAAAAGUGCACAGAAACAUGUAGAUAAGACGCGUAAGAAAGCUAGCCAUUGCUGAACUGAACAUGUACAUAAAUUGGUUCUAUCUUCAAUUUAUAUCAUAUUUCUGUACGUAGCUCCAUGUACAUAGACAUGCAGGACCAACCUCUUCCGGAUGAAGUAUUGCAUGCCUCGGAUAAUGUUAUGGGUAAAGCUGCUUCGUCUUGUAGGGGAUGCUUGGGCAGAGCUUUUAAUUUAUGUAAAUGAUCAUAGCCAUUUGCAGAUUCUCUUUUACCAAAUUAGGACCGGUCUGUCAUCAUAUCUA